AGGCCAACUUUCUUCAACGAGGUUUCAUCCUUGUUUUGCUGACAUGUACAUGCAUGGUUCUUGCGGAUUAUGUACAUAACGACGUCUCCUGCCCUAAGAAGAUCUCUUGUCCUUCAAUUAAAGCACCAGGUUCUGAUGAUGUCAUCCAACUGGUGCAGAAGAGGGUACCACGUGAUCAUCCUAUGGCAAUCCGUCCACAGAUGAAAGGAAUUGAUCUGAAUAUUGUAUGCUCCAUACCAGCUUGCUUGUCUAACCCUUGUCUACACGGAGGUACCUGUAAUGAGACCAGUGAUGGAUAUGAGUGUCACUGUCUCUUUAGCUUUACUGGCAAACGAUGUCAAGAAUCAACCUCUACCCAGGACGACACGACAACAACUACUACUACUACACUCUCUACGACUGCUGCUGAAUCUGAAUCAACCUCUACCCAAGACGACACGACAACAACUACUACUACACUCUCUACCAAUGCCGCUGACUCUGAAUCAACCUCUACCCAGGACGACACGACAACAACUACUACUACUUCUACACUCUCUACGACUGCCGCUGAAUCUGAAUCAACUUCCACCCAGGACGACACGACAACAACUACUACUACAGUCUCUACCAAUGCCGCUGACUCUGCAACAAAUGAACUCCAAACAGUCGAUGAACUCCUAGGCCAGUUGAAUGAACUCCAAACAAUUAGGCUAACUCCAAACAAUGAACUCCAAAAUAAUGAACUCCAAAUAGACAGUCUAGAUCCAUAG